AAGACACUUAGAGGGACCUGGCUCUCCUCUUAGUGUGCUCCACAUCUCUGCCAAACCUCUCUCUGUCUCUGUUCCUCCUUUUUUCUCUGUAAGCUUCUUCUCAGAAGAAACUAGACCAACCAUGUCGACCAGAACGAGCGUGAAAACAGCCAGGUCCAGCUUUGGUGGCGGAGGUUUUGGCAGUGGUGGCCGUGUCUCAGGAGGAGUAGGAUUUUCCUCAAGAUCUGCUGUUUCCUUCAGGCCAUCAUCUUUCCAAAUGGCCACAGCAAACAUUGGAGGUGGCUCAAUGCAGAGGUCAAGCAUGGGUGGCGGUUUCAGCAGUGGCUCUGCAUAUGGUGGUUUUGGCAGCGGUGCAGGUUUUGGCGGCGGUGCAGGUUUCGGCAGUGGUGGAGGUUUCGGCAGUGGUGGAGGUUUCGGCGGUGGUUCUGGUUUUGGCGGUGGUUCUGGUUUCGGCGGUGGUUCUGGUUUCGGCGGUGGUGCUGGAGGUUUCAUUGCACCGUCCAUCGCAAAUGUCCAAUUCAACCAGAGCUUGCUGGCUCCUCUGAACCUUGAGAUUGACCCCGCAAUCCAGACUGUCCGUACCCAGGAAAAAGAGCAGAUCAAGACCCUCAACAACCGCUUCGCCAGCUUCAUUGACAAGGUCCGCUUCCUGGAGCAACAGAACAAAAUGCUUGAGACCAAAUGGAGCCUUCUGCAGGAUCAGACCACGACUCGCUCCAACAUUGACAGCAUGUUUGAGGCCUACAUUGCCAACCUGCGCAGACAGUUGGAUGGGCUCGGCAAUGAGAAGAUGAAGAUGGAGGGAGAGCUGAAGAACAUGCAGAACAUGGUGGAGGACUUCAAGAACAAAUAUGAAGAUGAAAUCAACAAGCGUGCUGCUGUGGAGAAUGAGUUUGUGCUCCUCAAAAAGGAUGUAGAUGGUGCCUACAUGAACAAAAUUGAGCUGGACGCAAAGGUUGAUGCUCUUCAGGAUGAAAUUAACUUCCUCAGAGCUAUCUAUGAAAUGGAACUGAAUGAGCUCCAGGGACAGAUCAAGGACACCUCAGUCAUUGUGGAGAUGGACAACAGCCGCAACCUGGACAUGGAUGCCAUUGUGGCCGAAGUCAGGGCACAGUAUGAGGAGAUUGCCAACAACAGCCGAGCUGAGGCUGAGAAGUGGUACCAGCAGAAGUUCCAAGAGAUGCAGACCUCUGCAUCACAGGCCGGAGAUGACCUUCGCAACACAAAGAGCGAGAUUGCUGAGCUCAACCGCAUGAUCAGCCGACUCCAGAAUGAGAUUGAGGCAGUUAAAGCACAGCGAGUCAACCUGGAGGCCCAGAUUGCUGAGGCUGAGGAGCGUGGUGAGCUGGCUGUGAAGGACGCCAAGCUCCGCAUCAGGGAACUGGAAGAGGCACUGCAGAGAGCCAAGCAGGACAUGGCCCGCCAGGUCCGCGAGUAUCAGGAGCUCAUGAAUGUCAAAUUGGCUCUGGACAUUGAGAUUGCCACCUACAGGAAGCUUCUAGAAGGAGAGGAAUCCAGGUAA